ACUUUGCCUGGGUUCCACAGAAAAAACAAUGCAUGUUCACCAUGACACCAUUUCACCAAAGACAGAAAUGGUAUGGGGGUGGUAUAGUGAGUUCAGACUACAGAAGUACAGAGUACACACUGCUAAACUGGAAAAAGAAAAAGAUAGCAAAUUCCCAAAUCAAAUCAAAGGUAGCUACAAAUUCAAUUGGGUAGGCAUGGGGCUCUACAUUUUCCUUCAUCUCUUUAACAACAACAUUUUCCCAUGAUAAUUAAAUGACCGUUUGGGGAGUUGGGGCACUCCUGCAAUUUACUUCAUUAAUUAGCUUAACUAUGCUUCUCUUAUCCUACCCUACUUUCUUAAUUCUUCAUUAAUUAUCUUAAUUAAUGUUCUUUAAUCUUCAUAAUGUUGAAUUACUCUACUCCUAUAAAUUCAAGCACUAUUUAUUAAUUUUCACAUAUGCAAAAAGAUGGAAACCACUUUUUUUCAGUACACUUUUGAGUUGGGUUGAGAUUUUGGGCAUCUAAUUUAUUACCUAUAAAAUGCAUGAUUUUUGAUAUUAUUAAUGGAAAUUUUGAGGGGUUUUGACUAGGGAUGAAGAAAGAAGAUGACAGGAAAAAGGUUUGAACUUUGAAAUUUGAUUUGAUUUGAUUUAUUUAUUAUUAAAUGAGUAAAAAAUUGUUUUUGUUUUGGAAGAUAUAAUCUGGGUAGAUGAACAAACCUUGACGGAUAAACCAAAGAUAUAGUUGGCAAUAUUCGUUGUUUGUGUGCUGUUUUUUUCAACCAUUCUAUUGAUUGUUGUUUUUCUUGGUGGUAAUAAGAUUCUGGGGCCAAAAAUAGUAGCAAGAAUUGUGUGAUUAGUUAUGAUUUAGGUAAGAAAAUCCACCUAUCAAGAUUAUGUUUUAUUAGACAUCAAGAAUUUGUUUUGAAUGACUGGGUUUCUAAUUUUGGUGAAAUAAGAUCAGAAUAGCAAUACCAUUUCGGAAUUCGAAGUGGGUUUUGAAGAAAUUUGUACUAGUGUUUGUUGAGAAGCAAGCACUAUUAGCACAAGUGGGGUAGAAAGUUGCAGAUAACCUGUUUGGUAUAAAUACAAGAGUUUGGGAUAGUGUUGGAAAUUGAUUGAUUGAUAUAGAAGAAAUGGUUGGAAGUAUUGAGGUAAUGAAUAAUAGUUUGUAUAGUAAUGGAACAGUUCAUAAUCAGAAUGGGUACGAGGAGAAGGUGGACGAGCUUCGAAGUGUAUUGGGAAAGGGUGAUGGUGAUCCUUUAAGAAUAGUGGGGGUUGGAGCUGGUGCUUGGGGUAGUGUAUUUGCAGCUUUACUGCAAGAUAGUUAUGGUAGGUAUCGUGAUAAGGUUCAAAUUAGGAUAUGGAGGAGGUGUGGAAGAGCAGUUGAUAGAUCAACUGCUGAGCAUCUAUUUGAAGUAAUUAAUUCAAGAGAGGAGGUUUUAAGGAGAUUGAUACGGCGUUGUGCAUAUUUGAAGUAUGUGGAAGCGAGGUUGGGUGAUCGAACACUUUAUGCAGAUGAGAUAUUAAGAGAUGGAUUCUGCUUAAACAUGAUUGAUACACCACUUUGUCCCUUGAAGGUUGUGACCAAUUUACAGGAAGCAGUUUGGGAUGCAGACAUUGUUGUGAAUGGAUUGCCUUCAACAGAAACUCGUGAAGUGUUUGAAGAGAUCAGCAAGUAUUGGAAGGAAAGGCUCACAGUUCCCAUUAUCAUAUCUUUGUCAAAGGGUAUUGAGGCUGCAUUGCAUCCUGUUCCCCAUAUAGUCACUCCCACACAGAUGAUUCACCGAGCAACUGGAGUAGCAAUGGAGAAUAUCCUAUACCUAGGUGGACCAAAUAUUGCCGCUGAGAUCUACAACAAGGAAUACGCUAAUGCACGUAUAUGUGGAGCAGAAAAGUGGAGGAAACAUUUGGCGAAGUUUCUAAGACAACCCCAUUUCAUUGUUUGGGAUAACAGUGACCUUGUCACUCAUGAAGUUAUGGGUGGUCUGAAGAAUGUGUAUGCUAUUGGAGCUGGAAUGGUAGCUGCCCUCACCAACGAAAGUGCUACUAGCAAAUCAGUGUAUUUUGCUCACUGUACAUCAGAGAUGAUAUUUAUUACCCAUUUAUUGGCUGAAGAACCUGAGAAGCUUGCUGGGCCUUUGCUAGCUGACACAUAUGUGACGUUAUUGAAAGGAAGGAAUGCUUGGUAUGGACAAAUGCUGGCAAAGGGUGGUUUGAACCUGGAUAUGGGUGAUAGCAUCACCGGCAAGGGAAUGAUUCAGGGUGUCUCAGCAGUUGGAGCUUUCUAUGAACUCCUGAGUGAAUCCUCUCUGAAUGUAUCUCGGCAUGGAGAACGCAAGCCCGUUGCUCCUGUUGAGUUAUGCCCGAUCCUAAAGACACUGUACAAGAUACUCAUAAAGAGGGAACAGUCAUCAGAAGCUAUUCUGCAAGCACUGAGGGAUGAGAACAUGAAUGAUCCCCGGGAUCGAAUAGAAAUUGCACAAUCACAUGCUUUCUACAUGCCUUCACUCCUUGGGAAGCCUAUAGAUUCAUGAUCUAAAGCUGUGCAGUGGAUCAAACAACGAAUAACACUUUCACAUCAUAAUUCAUAUAUAUUCUUAUAAUCGACUUGUUGUAGUACGGGUACCCAAUCUCCUGUUGCUUUUUUCUAAUGAGAGCAUGUAAUUUAGGGAGAUGCAAUUAAUGGUAAAUUUGUUGGAUCAAACCACAUAAACGAUGCUGUUAUUUAUUUUGGAUAAGUUAAAGAGUAGCCAGCUCCCUAGCUCUUUAGUAAUGCUAGCUGCCCGGCAAAGUAACCAACAAUUAUUACCA